GUCCGUGAUGCUCAAUGCUGUGUCUGAUUGCUUCUUCUCUCGCUCCUCACGUUUCCAUCGCAUUCUUCUUUUCAAACCUUUAAUAUCUUUCCACCAUUUCCACACUUGCGUCACCCACCGCUAUGAACUUCUCGGUUAUUUCGAUUCUCUUCUUCAGCAAUCCCUUACUCUCCAACAAGCUCGCCAAAUCCAAUCCCAAAUCUUCGUCACGGAUGCGCAUCGUUCCCCCUUCUUGGCCUCCAGGCUCAUAUCCCUAUAUUCACGCUUUGGGCUUGUCUCUGAUGCACGCAAAGUGUUCAGUUUGGUCCCUUUUGACGAACUCCAGAACCUUCUUCUAUGGAAUUCCAUCAUCAGAGCCAAUGUCACUUAUGGGUAUUAUGAAUUUGCGGUUCAGCUUUAUGUUGCCAUGCGAAAGCUUGGAUUUUUCCCCGAUGGGUUUACUCUUCCUCUGGUAAUUCGAGCUUGUUCCAAUAUCGGUGCCACUGGUUUCUGCAAUAUUGUCCAUUGUCAUGUUUUGCAAAUGGGUUUUUGGAAUCAUCUUCAUGUGGUUAAUGAACUUUUGAGCAUGUAUGGGAAGCUUGGGAAAAUGGAAUAUGCGUGCCACCUGUUUGAUAGAAUGCUUGUGAGAAGCCUUGUCUCCUGGAAUACCAUGGUUUCAGGCUACGCUUUGAGUUGCGAUCCUGUUGGUGCUUCUAGGAUCUUUAAGAGGAUGGAGUUGGAAGGUUUGCAACCUAACUCUGUGACAUGGACUUCACUGUUGUCAAGCCAUGCUAGAUGUGGAUUUUAUGAUGAAACACUUGAGUUGUUUAAGUUGAUGAGAACAAGGGGGGUUGAAAUUAGUGCUGAAGCAUUAGCUGUGGUGUUAUCUGUGUGUGCUGAUAUGGUUGAUGUAGACAGGGGCAGUGAAAUCCACGGGUAUGUUGUUAAAGGUGGAUAUGAAGAUUAUUUGUUUGUAAAGAAUGCACUGAUAGGUGGUUAUGGGAAGCAUGAACAUCUUAGGGAUGCUCAUAAAGUGUUUUUUGAGAUGAAGGCCAGGAACCUAGUAAGCUGGAAUGCUUUAAUAUCAGCUUAUGCUGAAUCAGGAUUGUGUGAUGAGGCCUAUGCGUUGUUUAUGCAGAUGGAGAAAUUGGAUAGUUAUUUGCUAGUGAGGCCUAAUGUCAUAAGUUGGAGUGCAGUAAUAUGUGGCUUUGCUUCUAAGGGCCGUUGUGAGGAGUCACUUGAACUUUUUAGGCAAAUGCAGUUUUGCAGAGUAAUCGCCAAUUGUGUGACGAUUUCCAGUGUUUUAUCAGUUUGUGCAGAGUUAGCAGCAUUGAAUCUUGGCAGGGAGCUCCAUGGUUAUGCUAUUAGGAUUCAGAUGGAUGACAAUAUUUUGGUGGGAAAUGGUCUGAUUAACAUGUAUAUGAAGUGUGGUGGUUUCAAGGAAGGGCAUUUGGUAUUUGAUAAUAUUAAGGGUAGAGAUAUAAUCUCAUGGAAUUCAUUGAUUGGUGGUUAUGGAAUCCAUGGACUUGGCGAGAGAUCAUUAAGAACUUUUGAUGAGAUGCUUGAAGCUGGAAUGAAGCCAGAUAACAUUUCUUUUGUUGCUGUUCUAUCCGCUUGCAGCCAUGCUGGAUUAGUGGUUGCAGGUCGUGGCCUUUUCAAUCGGAUGGCCAGUGACUUUGGGAUUAAACCUAAUGUAGAGCACUAUGCAUGCAUGGUUGAUCUCCUUGGUCGCGCUGGACUUCUGCAAGAAGCAAGCGACAUUGUUAGAAACAUGCCAAUUGAACCUAAUGACUGCGUUUGGGGAGCUCUUCUAAACUCAUGUAGAAUGCACAGAGACACAGACAUUGCAGAAGAAACAGAAUCAAACAUUCUGACCCUGAAGUCAGAAAUAACUGGCAGCUUCAUGCUGCUUUCCAAUAUUUAUGCUGCAAGUGGAAGAUGGGAGGAUUCAGCAAGGGUUAGGGUCUCAGCAAAAUCAAAAGGGCUAAAGAAAACACCUGGACAGAGUUGGAUUGAGGUGAGAAAGAAAUUUUAUUCAUUCUCAGCAGGAAGCAUAUUGCAUUUGAGGCAAGAUGAAACUUAUGGGAUCCUUGAGGAAUUGACACGUCAAAUGACAAAUAUAAAUAAACGAUAUAGCUGCCUUAAUCAGCAAUGUAUUGACGACGAAUCAGAGCUCUUGCUUGUUACAAACUAAUUAGAGGCAAGAAGAUUAUUUUUUUGCACUGGGUCGUCGCAGUAUAUAGUGGAGUUCUUGCUGCAGUGACAAUCUCGGUGAUCUAAUCCAGCUGUGGGUGACUGCAUCAACGUCGAAUCCAAUGAUUUCGGCAGUGACAACUCCAGAGAUCUGAUCCUCAUAUGAUAUUCCAGGUGAUAACACCCCUUAUCUUUGUUGUGGAUUCUCGGGAAACAUUCUCGCGAUUGGAAUAAUAUCACCCAUGGGAAAAUCAGUGACAAGGUUUUUGAAUAUGAAGGAGUCAACUUCCAUCCUCUUUUACUAAUGGAGAUAUCAGGAAAAUCAUUUUGCAUCUCCAGUUCUUCUAUGGUAAUUUAUUUAUAAAAGGAUGUCUUGAGAAGCUAAUUACUUUGGCAGCACUUUUUCAUAAUAUUUGGUACAGUGAUGCUACAUGGACAAACUUUUUUGUCAACCAAGUCCAACCAAGUUAUUGCAACCCCAACAAAAACCAUUCUUAGCACUAAGGGUGUGUAAAACAUGCUCCCACUCACCCAAACCUUUGGUAGACAGCAUAAAUCAUAAUCACUCAUAAAUCAUAAUCACUACUUCCUCGUAUAUUCUCACUCUCAAAAACUAAACAAGCAUCAACAAAGACACAGAACCGCAAACCAAAUGAGCAUCAACGAAGCAAAUCACUACUUUCAUCCCACAGUCUCUUUCUCGAAACCCAACUUUGGUAAAGCAAACCAAACAAACUAAAAACAGAGUAUCAUCGAAGGUAAAUCAUUGAAUACUACUCUUUUUUUGUAUUUGUAACAAGUCAUUUUGUGAUAUUGCAUUUAGUAGAUUCUGUUUGUUUGUAGUAAAUAACUCACAAUCUCUCGAAAAAUACAGAAAAAAUAGGAACAGAGCACGUAAAUUAUAUAACGUUAACUAAACUCAUAUCAUUAAAUUAAGGCAAGUUAAAAAAAAAAACACUGGAACUCAUUGUAUGAUAUUGCAUUUAUUAAGUGUUUUUAGGUUUUGUUUGUAGCAAAUCACUCGCAAUCUCUCAAAAAACACAUAAAAAGUAGCAACACAUCACAUAAAUUAUGUAACAUUUGCUAAACUCAUGAGUUAAAUCAAAGAAGUUUAAUCACAAUAAGUUAACAAUAAAUCAAAGUAAAUUAACAAAUAAAACACUGAGGUAUAGGAGUUUAAUCACACAAAAUGAAAUUCUUGAACUCAAAUAUGAGUUUAGACAUUUCUGUGUCUUUUGCAGCAAAAUGAUGUAUUUUGCUGGUAGGUUCAAUAUUUUUUAAUCUAAUAAACCGUUAGUGUUCCGUUAUAUAUAUUUCUAUGUUCUUCUUGAGUAAAUACCGUGUUUUCAUAGUAAUCAUUUUAUGUUGUAUUUUGGGAGUGAUAUAUGUUCUGUUUCAUUGUAAUUUUCAUCUUUCCAAACAUACAAGUACAUUAAAAAAAAACGAAAUUCUUAAAAUCAUAUAAUAAGAGGUUUAGGCAUUUUUGUGUCUUUUGCAACAAAUGAUGGGUGUGUUUGGGGUUCACGUUGAGGAACAAAAAAGCUCGUUUGAACGUCUUGAACGCUACAUUGUUAUGUUUGGCAAUUUUUUGGAACCCCUAAUCCAGAAUUGCUUUCACCUGUGAACGUACGUUCAUGAAAAGCUAAAAAUUCAAGCUUCUGCGUUCACGUUAGGAAAAUUAAUGACCGUUGGAAGAGUUAAGUAACAAAUCUAUUUCAUAUCUACCAAUUAUACCCUUCCUUUCUUCUAUAAAAAGGAUGUCUAUAACCACAUAAUUUCACACAGUAGUAAUUCUCUCUAUGUUCUUCGUUACAGAAAUUUUUUUUUUUAUCAAACUCUUUCAGAUUUGUUUCCAUCACUACCAAGGUAAAGAUUUUAAUUUUCUUUUUAAUAUUUUUUAGUUCUUUUUUUCAUAUUUUAAUUUUUAUGUUUUUUAUUGUAUUUUUUAUUUAUAUGAUAAAUAUUUUUUAUAUUAUUUUUUUAGUGUUCUGAUGUUAUUUUUUUAAUUUUCUAUUGUUAUAUUUUUAUUUUUUUAUUUAUAUGACAACUAUUGUUGAUAUAAAUUUUAUUUUUAUUAAUUUUUAUUAUGUUUUGUUUAUAUAAAUUAUUUUUUCUAUCCUUUAUUGUACUAUAUUUAUGUUAUGUAUAAAAUUUUUUGUUUUUUUAUUUGAUUAUAUUCAUAUAAAUUUUAUUUACUUUUUAUUAUAAUUUUUUGUUCAUAUG